AUGGAGACGUGGCUGCAAACACAGCAAUCCACUGCAAAGUUGGUUCAAGUCAAAAAACAAACUAUGCCGCCAUUUAUUUGCCUAAAAGAUCAAGCAGCAUUAGGUGUACGCACACUCUUCGUGAGUGGUUUGCCAAUGGAUGCAAAACCACGUGAAUUAUAUUUGCUUUUCAGAGCUUAUGAGGGUUACGAAGGAUCUCUACUAAAAGUAACUAGCAAGAAUGGAAAAACGGCUUCGCCAGUUGGAUUUGUUACAUUCCAUACAAGAGCAGGCGCAGAAGCAGCUAAACAGGACUUACAGGGUGUACGCUUCGAUCCCGAUAUGCCCCAAACAAUUCGCUUGGAAUUCGCCAAGAGUAACACGAAAGUGAGCAAACCUAAACCACAGCCCAAUACAGCGACAACAGCCUCACAUCCUGCAUUGAUGCACCCACUCACUGGACAUUUAGGCGGACCAUUCUUUCCUGGAGGACCGGAAUUAUGGCAUCAUCCACUAGCCUAUUCAGCUGCUGCUGCUGAAUUACCAGGCGCUGCUGCUUUGCAGCAUGCAACUUUAGUACAUCCGGCACUGCAUCCACAAGUGCCAGUACGCUCCUAUCUCUGACUAAAUACAGAAAAAGUAAUGGAGCAACCAAUGCAUCAAACUCAAUUGACAAUGCCGCAACAUCAUCAAACCACUGCUGCAAUACAUCCAACUGCUAUGCAUAUGUCUGCUGCUGCCGCUGCUGCUGCAGUUGCUGCUGCUGGUUUACCACCAGGCGCAGCUGCAACUGGUCCACCUGGACCACCACCACCCGGACCACCAACGCAUCAUCAUUUUUUAUCAAGCCCCGCUCUAGCGAGUCCAGUCGGUUCUACAAAUAAUCCAACACAUCCGGCUAAUCCACCAAUUGCUGCAAAUGCACCAUGUUCAACAUUGUUUGUAGCCAAUUUGGGACAAUUUGUGUCUGAGCACGAAUUAAAGGAGGUAUUCUCUAGUAUGCCUGGCUUUUGUCGCCUACGAAUGCACACAAAAGGUUCGCACAAUAUCACUACUACUACUUCUUCUACUUCCACCACCACCUUCACCAAUACUUCAAGCACCACUUCUACUGCUUCUACAACAGCAGCAGCAACAUUAGCUGCCAGCAAUUCGGGUGGCUCUACCACAGCAAGCAACAACAAUGGCGGCAGCAACAACACUAUCAACAACAGCCUACCAGUGGCUUUCAUUGAGUUUAAGGACUCAACCACAGCUGCUGCUGCCAUGCAGCAAUUGCAGGGCAAAUAUUUACUCUCAUCAGAUCGCGGUUCAAUACGCAUUGAGUUUGCCAAAACAAAAAUGAUUAAUGAUGCUGUUGCAGCUAACCUAAUCAGUUUCAGCAGCAACAACAGCAAUAGCAUCAACAACAGUUACAACAAUUAUAGCAAUUACAAGAGUAAUAAUUUGGGUUAUAACAAAAAGCAAUAUAAUAAUAGUAAUAAAAACAACAACUUUAAUGCUACUUUAACAAUGAAGUCAACAAAUCUCGUAAAUGUUGCUGCCGCACCAAUGCUAUCAGCAGCUAAUAUAAUGGCACCGCCUCCAACACCACAACCUACAUCAGUCACAGCAGCAACAAUGACAAUUAUAGAUCAGCAUCAAAUACAAUCACAACCACAGUUAUUUAUCUUUGAGGGUUAUCAGCAACAACAACAACAACAACAUCAACAGCAGCAACUGACACAACAACAACACCAUCAACAAUUAUUUCAAGCACAAUAUGGACAAGGUGCCCAAUCCCAAGCCACCUUGCACUUGCAACAACAUAUGUCAGCAACACAUUUUAUGGCCACCACUGGUAAUGCUGCAAUUGCAGCAACACCACCGCCAUCAUUGGCAAAUGUUUUUAAUAGCACCAACACUAAUAAUAAUAAUAAUCUAAUUACUAACCGUUCUACUGCACUACCGCCUACUGUUGUUGUAAAUUCACUACAGCACCAACUUCAUCCAAUACAGCACCAAAAUCAUCUGUUUAGAGACAGGAGCGGGUAUGGAAUCAAGGCAUGAUUUACUCAGUAAAAAAGUUGAGCGUGAUAUGCAACAUCACCACCAUCAUCAAUUUCUAAUGACGACACCAACCU